CCGCCGUCUCCUGGUAUGAUGAGUUCCAGAGGCUCUACGACACCAUCCCUUGCGUGGAAGUGCAGGCCCUGAAGGAGCACAAUGACCAGGUUUUGCACCUCAGCUUCUCCCACUCUGGCUGUUUGUUUGCAUCAUGCUCCAAAGACUGUACCGUCAAGAUCUGGAGCAAUGAGUUGGACAUCUCUCUGCAGCACAGCUCCAACAUGAGACCGUACAACUGGAGCUACACACAGUUCUCCCAGUUCAACUCUGAUGACUCCCUCCUUCUGGUGUCGGGCGUCUUUGUGGGGCCUCACAACUCCUCGUCAGGAGAGAUUGCCGUAAUCAGCAUGGAGAACUUCACGCUGCUUUCCAGGGUGAGGAAUAAACCCUAUGAUGUGUUUGGCUGCUGGCUGAAUGAAACCAACUUGAUAUCUGGCAAUCUGCAUCGGAUUGGGCGUAUAACCUCCUGUUCUGUGCUGUGGCUGAACAACGCUUUCCAGGGCAUAGAGUCUGAGAACGUGAAUGUGGUGAAGAGGCUGUUCAAAAUCCAGAACCUGAAUGCCAGCACUAUCCGGACUGUGAUGGUGGCUGACUGCAGCCGGUACGAUUCCCCGGACCUGCUCCUGGACUACGAGGAGCAGCUGGCUGCUUCCUCCACCUCCACCUGCCCAGUCUUUGAUCUUGGCAGUGACAGCGAGGAAGAGGAGGCCAAGCCCAAGCAGACUCCAGAGCCAGCAGUACAGGAAUUGCCAGAUGAAGGGGGUGUGACGGCAGAGGACGGGCUGCAGCAGUUCUUUGAUGAUAUCAUGGAGGGCCGCGUGAGGCCUGCCAUGACCGACACAGAGUUGGAGACAAAAGUGGCUGAGCUGUUCGUACGGAACAGAACUAAACCGCCUGAGCUGAACCUGCUCCCCACAGACAGCAACAGCAAGACAAAAUACUUAAUCUUCACCACAGGAUGCCUCACCUACUCCCCGCACCAGAUAGGGAUUAAAAGGAUCCUGCCCCAUCAGAUGACGACUGCCGGGCCGGUGCUUGGGGAGGAGAGGCGCUCGGAUGAGUUCUUUGACUCGCUGGAUCACGUCAUUGACAUCCACGGGCACAUCAUCGGCAUGGGCCUCUCCCCGGACCACAGGUACCUGUACGUGAACAGCCGUGCAUGGCCUCGGGACUGCGUCAUUUCCGACCCCAUGCAGCCACCCCCCAUCGCCGAGGAGAUCGAUCUGCACGUGUUCGACCUGAAGACAAUGAAGGAAGUGAAGAGAGCCCUCCGCGCGCACCGCGCCUACACGCCCAACGAGGAGUGCUUCUUCAUCUUCCUGGAUGUCAGCAGGGACUUCGUGGCAAGCGGGGCAGAGGAUCGUCAUGGCUACAUCUGGGACCGGCACUAUAACAUCUGCCUGGCCAAACUGCAGCACGACAACGUGGUCAACUCGGUGGCGUUCAGCCCGGUGGAGCAGGAGCUGCUGCUGACAGCCAGCGACGACACCACCAUCAAGGUGUGGCGCUCCCCUCGCACCGUGCGCAUCCAGCAGGCCAAGAAGCCCAGGCCCAGGAAACUGCUCUUCUCCUGGCUCAUGAACCAGAAAAGCUGAACCCAGGCACACCUGCUCCUGCAGCUUCCUCACUGCAGCCACCUCCUCUGGAGCUUGCAGAGCUCUGAGCCCUGCACAACAGAGACGAGCUCUGGGCGCAUGAAUCCCAUCUGCCGAGUCAGGAGGGACCCUGCUAGCGGAAAUGGCUUCCUCCGUGGAGCAUCUGCUUCAAAGAUAAAACGUAAGAGCCGAGAGCCUGUUCCUGGGCCCGGCGGGCGGCAACCCGAGUUGGUCACACUGCAGGGUAGGCUCCCCACAGCUUCUCACCAAUGCUGCUACUUGGUCACAGCACUCUCUGGGUGAGCUUCGGCCUCCAAGAACAGACGGAGGCACGUCUCCAGUGUUUGUACUGUGUGAGCCUGGGACACGGCUGAGCUCCCCAAGAGCUACCGGCUGCAGAGCACUUGGCAGAAGCCACGGUGCUGUGCUGCCUUACUGCAG